AUGGCGGACGCCGAGGCUGACGCGGCCCUGGCGCCGGAGAUGCAGCGGCUGUCCGCCGGCCUCCGUUCCCGACUCUGGCAGCUGCAGGCCGAGCUGAGCGACCAGGAGGUGUCGGAGGCGUCGUCGGGCGCCUACUGCCGGGGCUUCUGUCAGACACUGCUACAAUAUGCCGGCAACCGGGGUGCUUCGGAGCAUGCCUUGCCUCUUUUGGAAGUGUACAGUGUCGCCAUUCAGAGUUUCGCCAGUGCCCGACCUUACUUGACUACGGAUUGCGAAGAAGUUAUUCUGGUUCUUGGCAGGCUAGUGCUGAGCUGUUUUGAACUACUGCUUUCUGUGCCUGAAAGUGAAGAGCAGUGUGAACCAUUGUCAAGACUGUUUCAGUCUAUACAGGAUUCCCAUGAUGCUUUGCUUCAGUUUGGAGACAACACUCUCGAAAUACUGGCUGACAUUGCCAAGGAAGGGGUGUGGAAGAACCCGGUUCUGUUUAAGAUUAUAUCGCAGCAGCCGGUAGAGUUAGAAGAAGUGAAUAAACUGAUUAAGCGAGAAGGACCAGCCUUCCUGCAGAUGCGGAUAAAACACUUGAUGAAGACAAACUGCAUUCCCCAGGCUGCUGCCUUGUCCAAGCUGUGUAAAGAGUCCGCUGAAAUCUCAAACAUAUCACCUUUUCUCCAGGCCUACAUCACAUGCUUGUGCUCCAUGCAUCCAAAUGAAGAGUCUAUCAAGGAGAUCGCUAAGGUGGACUGCAAGGAGGUCCUGGAUAUGAUAUGCAACCUGGAAGCAGAGGGGCAGGAUAGGACUGCAUUUAUUCUCUGCACAACGUACCUUACUCAGCAGCUUCAGACUGCAAGUGUGUACUGCUCUUGGGAGCUGACGUUAUUUUGGAGCAAAUUACAGCGAAGAAUUGACCCGUCUUUAGAUUCAUUCCUGGAGCGUUGUCGACAGUUCGGCAUCAUUGCUAGAACGCUGCAGCAUUUGUUCUUCCUGAUAAGAGUCAUACAAGCUGAAGCAGAAGACUCAGGUCUUGCCGUGUCUAUCUUGUUAUGCGUGAGAGCCCUUCAGCUCCGAUCGAACGAAAAUGACGAUAUGAAGACUUCUGUGUGUAAAACGAUCUCUUGCCUUCUGCCAGAAGACCUUGAAGUCAGAAGAGCCUGUCAGCUCACUGAAUUUUUACUCGAGCCGAACGAGGAUGCGUUUAAUCUGCUAGAAGAGCUGCACCUGCAGCCAGAUCAAAAAUUCGACGAAGAGAAUGCUCCGGUUCCAAACUCACUCCGCUGUGAGCUCCUGCUGGCUUUGAAGGCUUACUGGCAGUUUGACCCAGAAUUCUGGGACUGGAAGACUUUGAGGAGACACUGUCUCAAAUUGCUAGGGAAGGAAGUAUCUGACUCCGAGGAUGAUCUCAGUGGCAACGAGGUAGGGUCCAUGAAUGAAAAUGAACUGCUAGACAGUCUCCUAAGUGAAUGUGAAGACGUCAGGGAAGAUAAUUCCUUUGAAGGACAUGAUUUCCUGAAUCAGCCGAAAGAACGAGUAAGAGUAAAAAAACCUAUUGGCUCUUCGGAGAGGUACCAGAGGUGGCUUCAGUACAAAUUCUUCUGCGUCAUUUGCAAAAAGGAGUGCAUAGAGGCGAGAAUACUGCAUCAUUCGAAGAUGCACAUGGAAGACGGCAUGUACACAUGCCCGGUGUGUAUAAAAAAGUUUAGGAGGAAGGAUGUUUUCGUAAAGCACAUUGGGGAGCAUGUGAAAAUGCCCCCGAGUAGAAAAUACCGUCCUACCCUGGGUCAAAACCGGAUGCUGAAGAUCAUGCCGUGCGACAAAGCCCGAAGCGACGCACAUGACUACGUCACUUUCAGCAAACUAGAAAGCUGCCACCUGCAAGACAGGGACCUGUACCCGUGCCCGGGCACGGAUUGCUCUAGGGUGUUUAAGCAGUUCAAGUACUUGAGUGUUCACCUGAAAGCUGAGCACCAGAACAACGAUGAGAACGCAAUGCAUUACUUGGACAUGAAGAACAAGCGAGAGAAGUGUUCGUUCUGCAGGCGGCAUUUCAUGUCGGCGUUCCACCUGCAGGAGCACGAGCAGGUGCACAGUGGCCCUCAGCCCUAUAUGUGCGUGUCGGUGGGCUGCUACGCAAGGUUUGACUCUGUCAACGAGCUGUUGCAUCACAAACAUGAGCACGACGACUUGCGUUACAAAUGCGAGCUGAAUGGCUGCAACAUCGUUUUCAGUGACUUGGGGCAACUUUACCACCACGAGGCCCAGCAUUUUCGGGACGCAUCUUACACAUGCAACUUCCACGGUUGCAAGAAGUUCUAUUAUUCGAAAACCGAGUUUACAAACCACCUUUCCAUGCAUAUUUCAAACGGAGAAAUGAAGGAGGCACCAGUGAAAUGCGAGGAGCAUGUUUUGGGUGCCCAUCUCGCCUGCCUUUCAGACUCGGAAGGGCUUGAGCCAACGGAUCAUUCCUGCAUACAUGAGAAUAUCAGCUUGCCGUCAGGGUCUGCAAAUUCAGAAGGAGUUCUAAAAGUUAAACAAGAACCUCUCACGGAUGAAGAGUUAGAUGGAAAAAGCAAUGGCAGUUUGGGCAGCAAUGUUGCGUGUCUUGCAAAUGAGAAGCCCGUGUCUUUAUUGACCGAGACAGCGGGCCCAGGCCAGACAAUUCCUGGCAUUCUAUCACCCCAUGAGAAAGUCUUCUUUCCAUCAAAUUUCAAAGAGCGUUAUUCAAAUGUGGCAGUUUACUUUGAUGGCAGAAGGUUUACCUGUGGCUUUGAAGGCUGUGAUUCAACAUACAAAAAUUCAAGGGGUAUGCAGAAGCAUCUUCGAAGGGCUCAUCCAUACCAUUUCAAACCCAGAAGGAAGCUUGGCCUGAAGGCUAAAGAUCUUGGCCGGCUCGCUGAAGCUCAGCAUAACAGCACCACUGGAGAGAUGAGUUCAGAGCUCAGGCAUUUUUUGGACACCCAAGCUGACUCUCCAGGCAGUGUAGAUUGCAAUACCCAUUCUAAAAUCAAUACUUGUUUCAAGCAAGAACUGUGCCCCUCUUCCCCCGAAUUUCCCCCUUGCGAACAUUCUAAAGUGUCGAGCGCAGAAGACUCAAUGUUGGAGCUCCUCUUGGGCUUGAAACAUUUAAGUUUAAAAAAUUCUAGUAGUCGCAUUGGGAACUCUUCCAGGUGGUCACAGUCCUAUUCCUCCAAGUGCCCCAACUCCGAAGACGAUUCUACCUCAGACCAUUUCUCUGAAGAACACCAAGGCAAAUUACCAAACCAAUACCUUACUCAGCUGGCAGCAAAGCCAUUUUUCUGCGAACGCCAAGGUUGCACGUGUGAGUUUGUGACCAGGGAAGCUCUCUUAACGCAUUAUGUUAGGAAACACAAUUAUUCCAAGGAGAUGGUGCUUCAAUUGAACAUGUUUCGGCAUCGAUAUUCACCAUUCAAGUGUCAUAUUUGCCAAAGAUCGUUCACAAGGAAAACACACCUUAGAGUCCAUUACAGAAACAAACACAAACUUGGCAAAGUGAGGGCAGCUCAAAAAUUGUUUAAUGAAAGCUUUGAGGACUUGGAGGGGUGCACAGAGGACACACUGAACAGCACUGCGGGUUCCAUGUCUUCAUUUUAUACCAACACGGAGGAGGAACUGGAUGACCAAGCGAAACUCACUGGGGCGCAGCAGUGUCAUCCAAAAAAGGAAGAGCUUAGUUCAGAAACCGAUCUGGAGUCAGGCGAAGAAACGGAAAGCUGUGUGCCCAGAAAGCAGGCAAAACUGUCCACACUCGAAAGCCACAGGAAAGGCCUGGAAAUGAAAGAAGGGAGGGGAAGUAAAAGAACCGUUGCCAAAGGAAACCUGUGUUAUAUUUUACAUAAGUACCAUAAGCCGUUCCAUUGUAUUAAUAAAAACUGCAAUUCCGCGUUUACUAACCAGAAGGGCUUGAUUCGCCACUACCGGACUGUGCAUCAGUACAACAAAGAGCAACUCUGCCUCGAAAAGGACAAAGCACGAACAAAGCGAGAACUUGCCAAAUGUAAAAAAAUAUUUGUUUGCAAAUAUAAGGCGUGUAACAAGCGCUUUCUGUGCUCUAAAUCACUCACUAAGCACUGCAGUGACUUUCACAGCCUCGAGCCCGGGGAAGAGUCCAAAAUGCUUUCCGAGACUGAGGCAGUGCGAUUUCCUUGUCACCAUCCCCGGUGCCCCGCUGCAUUUUAUUCCUUCCACAAAUUGAGGCAUCACCUGAUGGAAGAGCAUGCCAAGGAAGAAGAGCUCAACAAGGACAUUGAAAUCCAUUGUGAUCUCAAUGGCUGCAACAGAGUUUUCACAACAUACAGCCGUUAUUCACAGCACGUGUAUUUUAGGCACGGUGACUACGAAGGUGUCUCCGACGAUGCCAAAGAGAAAAGAAACCACCUGAAAGAUGGAGUGGAGCAAAGCUACUUGAGAGAUCAGUGCCUCAGGCACAGAGGAGGUGAGAAAAGGAGACGGAUCCAUGACAAAACAGAGAAAAAUAAUAAUAAAAACAAAGGAAAGCAGUUUUAUCAUUUCAGAACCAGGGAAGAAGCCCUACGGAUGUGCAGAGACAAUUGCAAUCAACCCCAGUAUCCAUGCAUGUUUCAGGGAUGUCCCUCGGUGGUAAAACUGGAAAGCAGUAUUGUGAGACACUAUAAGCGUACCCAUCAGGUGUCCAGUGCUUAUAUAGAGCAGCAGUAUGAGAAACUUGUGUUUUUUGUUGAAUGUGGUACCGUGAUCAGCGAAGCCUGCUUAAAAGCACGUGAAAGGUCAAAUAAAGAAGCCAACGGAGACUUCCAUGAGGAGCUAGCCGGGCACCCUGUGUGCCAGCAUGACUCUGAAGAACGUCUUGUUCCCAAUGCUGAUCAUGACCAUGACGGAAAAGACAGUAGAAAUGGCAUGUAUUCCGAGGGCGACGAGGCUGGUGGGUCAGGUGUCUUUCCAGACGCGGGCACUUUAAAACAUAACUACAAUUCAAAAGCUAGGUGUUCGGAAGACUGUGGUAGUAGAGCCAUGUCACCGUCCUGUCAGCCAGAAGAUUCGCCUGAAAGCGAUAGGUGGGAAAACGGCUCUUACCAUUCUAGUUCAGGUGCACCGCUGCCAAGGGAGAAGGGCACCAGCGACUGGCAGGAGGCAUCAUCACAGCAGAGUGUUAAGAGGCCUCUCCUGCCUGCUACAAAAGACAAGGUGCAAAGGCAGCCGGCACCCAAACCCUUUGACCUCAAGUCCUUCAAACCAAUGGGGUUUGAGUCGUCAUUUCUGAAAUUCAUUCAAGAGAGCGAGAACCGGAACGAUGACGACGAUGACGAGGAGGAGGAAGAGCCUGAGGAAGAGUGGGAGGUCACCUACGAAAGCGUCCCCAUGGCAACCAUCUCAAAGAAGAAUGGUGGUUCCAAAGCUCCUGGGCAGCUGAGGGGCAUGCAGCCUCUGUUAUCGACAGACUCACCUGCUCUCCCUUCUCUGGAAACCCUGAGGGCCAUAUUGGACAAGGCACUAACAGACUGUGGGGACCUGGCCUUAAAACAGCUUCAUUAUUUACGACCGGUAGUUGUCCUCGAAAGAUCUAAAUUUUCCACGCCCCUCAUAGACUUUUUUCCAACAAAAAAAACAGACCAACUUUGUGUGGGAAGUUCAUGAAUUAUUGUGUUUUAUUUAAAAAAAAAUCAAAUGGGGGAUGGGGUGGGGAAAGAUUUGCCUCCACUACUGCUGAGGGGGGGUGGGAAUAUCGCUAACUGGUUCAGUGCACAUGUUGUUGAGGUUAGGUUAGGUUGUUCAGUUUCCACAAUUGUACGACAUCCGGCUACAGUAUUGGCUGAGUUCCUAUAGCUCCCCCAUUUAAAAAAAGAAGAAGAGAAACCCUGAUAUUUUGGUGCUAAAUAACAGAAUAUUGAGGGGUUGGGGCCCAUCCCUCUUGCAAAGUUAACUGUGCAUGAUUGUAUAUGGAACAAGUACUUUAGGGUACCAGGGUUGACGGGAGGGGGGUGGGAAGCGGAGCUCUUACUUGACUUGAAUGUGCACCUCGGAGUGCUUCGUGUAACAUAUUGUACACUACAGCAUCUUAUAUUUUUUGAGUUUUGAGUUUCAAUAAAAGGAAUUUUUU